UUAAAAGUUGUAGAGAACCGAGUAAAAUGACCGCUGCUACUGCAGCUACGUGGCUCGCCCUGGCCCUCGUGGUGGAAGGCCUAGUCGGUGAGGAAGUCAUCCUCAGCUUAAACACUAAAAAACCGUUGACAAUCACCAGCGAAAAGUUUCUGAGCUUCACCCUCGAUCCUGCUGACAUUCUCACGAGCGAUUUCAUCACAGACAAUCCCGAGAGGUGUGUAAAUAUGGCGAGAGCUUUAUCACCGGCAUAUGUACGUAUAGCUGGUCCGAGAAGUAAUUCAUACACUUUUGCGAGAGCCCACACGACCUACGAGGAGGAUCUCAGUUUUAUUUUCACAGAGACACAGUGGAAUACCUUGAAUUGGUGGGCGAUGAAUUCGGGUUUAGACGUAGUAGCGGCACUAGCACCUCAACAACAUUCCGAGGUGGCCAGUGCGGCCACGAGAGAUGCAGUUUGGGAUUCCCGAAACGUACUGGAUCUCAUUUCAUUUAGCGAUCAUAUGGGCUACAACAUCAGCUGGCAACUCGGAUACGAAUGCCAGACGAGAUGUGACAUUAGUGGGGGAGAUUUAGGCAAGGACGUGAUGAGACUGCGAAGUAUGCUGGAGGCAUUUCCGAGGUUUGCUAGGAGUAUCAUAGCAGGGCCGGAUGUUGUCACAUUUAAAACUAGAUUGCAGCAAUUGUACCUUCAAGAGUAUUUGAAUGCUGGGGCUGGAGGGCUCUCGGCAAUUACAUGGCAUCCGGACUUUGCGAGCGUCACCCUGGAUCCCGUAGGAGUUUCGAUGCACCACGACAAUUUAGCCGUGGACAAGGAGCUUCUGUACCGAGUAAUAGGCCGUUCCCUGGCAAAGAAGCCCCUCUGGCUCGCUGAAUCGAAACCCGAGGAAUGCAAGAAACAAUUUCUGGGAGCUCUAGUUUGGACCCGACGGUUGGGAAAUUCAGCUAAACUUGGCGCACAAGUUCUGAUGAGGCAACCUCAAGAAUCAAAUCUCUUCGAGCCAACCCCCGACUACUGGGUAUCAGUUCUCUACAAAACUCUGGUUGGUCGUGAAGUACUUGAUACGAAAAUAGCAACGGGUAACCGCACCCAUCUGCACUUCUAUUGUCAAUGUACAAGACCCUCCUCAAAGUACGAGAAGGGUUCACUUACUGUUUUUGGCAUCAACCUGACGCCCGCCAAACUCGCUGUUAGUUUGAAAGGUCUGAAGAUCAAAACCCUGCACAAGUAUAUUCUACUGCCAGGCUUCGAUGCGGAAAACCGAAUGUUUUCCGAGACUGUACUGCUGAACAACGAGCCGUUGAAACUUGAAAAUGGAAAGGAUAUGCCGGAAAUUAAUCCGGCAGUGGCUACCAGUGCAAAAGGACUCUCCAUGAAGUUGCCCUCGGGAGGAAUAGGGUUCUGGGUCAUACCCGAUCUGAAGGUGAAGUUCUGUGGGGGCCAGGAGAAUGACAACAUAGAUAAGAUGGUGCUGAAAAAGUUGGCUAAGCGCUUGGGGGAAUUUGAAUCCACGGAGGACAGCACUAAUGAGGACCCGGAAUCCGAAGAAAUGGGGGAUAACUCUGACGAACGUUGGCCAUUAAUAAGAGCGCCCAGAAGACGCUGGAGAAAGGGUCGUUACAGCGCCGAGGAUGACGAAGCAGCGCGCUACAAGAAGCUGGACGCGAGGAAGGAUUUGGCGAGGCUAGAAAAAUUGUUGAGAUGGCGUGAAAAUAUCGAGGGGAGGCGUUCAUUAACAUUACGGGGUAAACCAGCCCUCAUUGGCUUCGAAGAUAACACCUACGAGACAAAUGAUGACACAUCUGAGGAGGAGAUACGCGCCAAAUUGCAGAUGUACAAGCGACGUUUGAACGAAUACGAAGCGCGAAAGAGGAAUUCCGUGAGGUCGAGAGAUAAGACAUUUGCCGAGAAUGAUUCCUUGGACAACGCGAGAAUUGAGGAGGCAAUGAGACUCAUCAGCAAGGUCGAAAAUGCAAUGAAAAAUUUCGAAGACACCCAGGAUUCGCUCGACGCGGGUAACGACAUCACCUCCGGUCUGAACAGUACAAACGCUGAGGAGCACUUCCUGGACGAAUUACUGAAGACGCGGAAGAUAAAGAGAACGAGUGUUCCCGAGAAAAUUGAGGAACAACUGAAAGCAAUCUAUGAAAUGCUGGCGGAGGAGAAGAUGCGAAGACAGCGGCAUAAUGAAGCGAAAUUAAUCGAGGAGAUGAAGAAUGAGACAUUAUCAAGAAGCAGAAGGGACGUUGACAAGAAAUUUGGUGACGACCCCCUGGGACUGCGUAAACCUUCCUUCUACACCAGAAGACGAAAUCUGAAUGAAGAGGUGAAGGAGAGAAUUCUGGAGAAACUCCGAAGGAGGGGGGAGAAGAAGGACGUUGUAUCGAUCGAUCGAAAGAACCAAGCCAACAGCAAUGAGAAUAAUUUCUACGGUUUCGCCAAGCGGGAUCCGCCGCCGGGAUUCCCCAAGGGCGACGUCUACUUCAUGACUGGGACGUCAUCGGAGGAGAAACGAAACCAGGACUACGAUUACAUUGACGACAGGGUGCCGCAUCAGGGGGGCAGACGAAAGAAGUCAAAGAACGCGGGGAAGAUGGAUCACCACGAGGUUGAGCCCUGGGUGGAGGACGAGAGUGCAGAGGUCGGUUACAUCCCCAAAGAGUUCUUGGAGGCGAGUCCCCUAGGCUAUCCCAGUAUCAACGAGCAUUCGGGGAAGCAUGAGGAAUUGUUCGAGGCAGAAGCCCGAGCCGAUGCGCCCAACAACGGGGGAGAGGAGGAUUACGAUUCCGCGACAGAGGCAAUUCCCCGAGAAAAACCCCGGAACGAGUUCCAGGACAAGCAGGCGAGGGACAGAGUCAUCAAGCAGUUGAAGGGAUACUACGAUGACACGGCGUCGAUGCAAUCAGAGGAGGACGACAUCUUCGGGCCGAGGACGGACAGAGCAGAGGCACAGAAAUCGACGAGAGUCAGUCCCACUCAGCGUGGGAGAAAAUCUCGAGAGCCAGUAAUUAAAAACAACGCGAAGAACUCCGCGCAAUCGACUCCGGUGGAGGACUUGGGAGCCCUGAGCCCUCACCCUCCCGCGGCAGCAUCCGCAGCGCUCGCUUCGAACCCCAGGAUCGACCAGGGAAACCAGAAGGGAAAUAGAAGGUUCAGGCGAGACAUCGACUCGGUUCUCGACAAAGAGAUGAUAUUCCAGGACGAAAAUAAUCUCAAGGACUGCCACUGCCGAGUGAUCAGGGGGUUGAGGGACUCGGGUCACCCGAGGGGCGAGUUCUACCGAAGAUUUUCAGAGAGAAUUCAGGAGGCGAAGGCGAAGGCGGAGAGUCUUAGGAGAAGGGCGAAACGAAUGCGAAACAGAUUGAGAACCAGAAGAGAUAUCAUCGAAAGAGAGUACGAGGCUGAAUCUGGGGAGGACGGCGAGGAUUUUCUCGAACCUGACGAGAAGGUCAAAGCAAUUGUGACAGUCGUUGAGAAAGUUCCGGGCGGUAUUAGAGAACCUGCUGAAUAUGAUGAUGAUGAGGAGUUUGAGGAAGCGCCUGAGUACGAUAAUGAGCCAGAGUAUAACUAUAACGAGCCUUCCUAUGAAAAUGACCCGUACGUCAGAUUAGACAGAGACGCCCAAUCAACUCCCUCACUCCGAUCGCCGACGACUGUUCCAACGACGAAGGCACCAACAGCUGAGGCCAAAAGAAGACUACAAAACCAGAAAAACGUGAAAAAAACUGCUAAAACGCUCGAAAGGAGCUCAAAGCGGUCUCCAGAUGUUCCGAAACUCUCUGACGAUGUUCCCCCCAGAGAUCCUAAGGGUAAACCGAUGGAGGGAAUCAACCCACCAGUCCCUGAAGCAGCACCUGCUAAGGUCUCUACACAAACCCUCGAAGGAACGAAUCCUCAAGUCGAAAUUGAAACGACAAAAAGUGCAAAAAUCCUCAAAGAAAUUGGAACUGGUGAUACAACGACAGAAAAAUCCCAGGAUACGACGUCCGAAAAUCUGGGAAAGCCCCAGCCAACGAAGAAAGGCGUUCGAUCAGUCAGGAAAAUUCUCUCAAAAGACAAAAUCAAGAGUCUGGACAACGCGAAAGUCCGAGAGGCUCGUUUAAUAGCGAGAUCUCAAGCGCUUCUCCACCCAAAAGUCGACAUCAAACGAAAGCCGAAGGCCCCUGAGGCUCCAUCGAAGUUCAUGGCGAUGGAAGCGGCAAAGCGCCAGGAGCUCUACAAAAAGCGGCUCGAUGAGCUUGCAAAACUGAAAGAAAAAUUGAGAAUAAAACGAAAAAACCUGCAGGACUCGAUACAACUCGGUGAAUUGGGAAAAUCCGGCGAUAGUGCGGCUAAAGUUGUCAAGCGCCGUGAAAUUAUGCAGCUGCUGAAGGAGGAGCAAGAGCUGCAGAGUAUUGUUGACAAAGGUAAAUGGGACUACGUGAUGCUGUAUAAACCAAUUAAUUAUGCCUCGCUACCGAAAGUGAACAGUGGGGAAGACGCGCCUGAGAGUAAAUAUGUUCCCGAGUUCGCUGAAGUAGUGCCACCACUUCAGGAAACACGAGAGAGACGAACUUACGCUGCACCAGUGUCAGGUUAUCAGAGGAAUCCCUCGAUUCUGACGUACACUGAUGAAAACAUUGGUAACACUGAAACUCUUGGUGCUCGUUCCAUCCUCGGAGGGAGCUCAGGUGAGACAAUUGUCGAGAGUUUGGAAUAUCCAGCGCUUCUGGCGACGAGCGAGGAAUUUUCAACUGGAGAACCGGAAGAACUGAAUGAGGAACUGGCUGCAGCGGACAGUAAAAGCAACCGGGGCGAUCGGCGGUCCGGACCGUCAGCCCUCAAGAGUAAUGACGAAAAAUUGAUCGAUGGAAAUGAAAAAUCGAAAUUUAUGAAUGCGAAGGACGAACCGAGUGAAGCCCUCCCUGGGGCGUUAAACACUCUCACCAGCACUCCGGAGAACAAGGAGAGACCCAGCAAUUCCAGUAGAAAGACUAAAUACGAAAGCCCCAAGUACGCUAGAUUAGCAGCGGACAAGAUUGCGUCUGAGAAUGAGAAACAGAAUAAUGAAGAGCUCCGUGAAACUUUCGGCGUUGACGAGGCUCUCAACUCGAGUAAAUACGAGCAGAUGAUGUUGGUUCCUUUGAAGAAUCAGAAACGCCAGAGAGAGAGGCGAGAGAUUGGUAACGCGAUCAAAAGGAGUGAUUCGGAGAAUGAAAUCUGGGGCAAUGCCAUUAAACUGAGGGAGAUUGAACGACAGAAACUUGGGGGGGAUUCGCUAGACGUUUACGCGAGUGUGGACAUCUCCAGGAUUGAACCGGUGACGGUGAGACCUGAGGAAGUCAGUCAGGAGGAUCCUCUGUCCUCGUUAAUUGAAGAGGCCAUCCCCAAAAUAGGCGAUGUGGUGGCUAAUGGGCUCGGCAAGGCGCAAAAUGUCACUGGGUCCAUCGAGAAAUUAAUCAACGAGUUCGAGGAGACGCGGAGUGAGGCUGAAUAUGUAGACGAGAAGACGCAGUUUCAAGAGGCCAUUAAAAAUAACCCCGAUGGACUAUUGACUCAUGAUUUUUUCAGCGAGACAACCCGAAAUAUCGCAAACUUUUUCAAUCUUCUGCGGGGAAUAGCUCAUGCUAUUAUUGCUAAUUAGUAGGAAAAAUGACGGUCAUUUUUUGGAUGCGUCAAGCCAGCCGUAUAUUUAACGCUUUCUGAUCAUCUCUGCACGUAUGAAAAAAUCGUAUAGAUAUUUUCUGUACGGAUUGCGCAGAGAAUUUUUAUAGGAUUUUCGUAUGUGA